AUGCCUAAUCAUUAUCUGAAACUGUUUUAUGUACUUCUCCCGCUCUUGCUGCGUGGUGCAGCAGGAUCCAUGAUCGGAUUCAACAGUAGUGCAGAAAUAAAGUGCAUUGACAGGGAAAGACAAGCACUUCUGAACUUCAAAUAUAGCCUCGUGGAUUUCUAUGGCGUGCUGUCUUCAUGGAGAGAUGACGACAACAGUCAAGAUUGUUGCAAAUGGGAAGGCAUUCAAUGCGACCAACAAACAGGUCAUGUAACCAUCCUUCGUCUCCCUGGUCACGAUGCACACUAUUUGAGUGGUACACUCAAUAUCACUUCAUUGUUUGUCUUGCAAAAUAUUCAACAUUUAGAUCUCAGCUACAAUCUUUUUUUAGGGAAUUUCAUCCCACAACUCAUGGGCUCUCUUACCAACUUAAGAUAUCUCAAUCUCUCAUAUUCUUAUUUUUGUGGCAGCAUUCCUACCCAACUUGGAAACCUCACAAAUUUACUGUCUCUAGAUCUAAGAGGCAACCGUUUUCUAUUUAGAGAAAUACCUUAUCAACUUGGAAGUCUUGCACAAUUAAGGUAUCUCGAUCUCAGUUACAAUUAUCUGGAUGGGGAGCUUCCUCGUCAACUUGGAAAUCUGUCACAGUUGAGGUAUCUUGAUCUCAGUGCAAAUUCAUUUUAUGGAGCACUCCCAUUCCAGGUUGGAAAUCUUCCUUUCUUGCACAGUCUUGGACUUCCUGGCAGAUUCUAUAUCGAACCUAAAGAUGCUGAAUGGUUGUCUAAUCUCCAUUCCCUAACAAAUCUAGCCUUAUAUUCUUUAUAUAAUCUUGACUGGUUGCCAACCAUUGUUUUUUCAAACUUAAAAGAGUUGGGACUAGUUGGUUGUUCUCUUUCUGAUACCGAUAUUCACUCUCUGUUUUAUUCACGUUCCAACUUUUCCAAUUCCCUUACCAUCCUUGAUCUUUUUUCUAAUAUGCUCACAUCCUCAACAUAUCAAUUAUUGUCAAACUUUAGCCUUAAUCUUCAAGCGCUUUAUCUUUCUCAUAAUUACAUCCAUUCGCCUCCUCUCUACUCAAAUUUUCCUUCUCUAAUUACCCUUGAUCUUUCUUACAAUAAUAUGACAUCAUUUGAAGGUACUUCCAUCUUCACUUCAAAACUUCAAAAUCUUUAUUUGAGAAAUUGUAGUCUUAGAGAUGAUAAUUUUGUCAUAACAGCUAUUACAGUUGUGAACUCUUCAUCUUCCCUUGCCUCGCUUGAUCUCUCCUCAAAUCUGUUGAAAUCACCAUCCAUAUUUGACUGGUUUCGUACACUUGAACUUUAUGAUAACAUGUUGGAAGGUCCCAUUCCAGAUGGAUUUGGGAAAGUAAUGAACUCUCUUGAAGUUCUUUACCUCUCUCAUAACAAACUACAAGGGGAGAUUCCAUCUUUCUUUGGGAACAUCUGCACAUUGCGGAUAUUAUACCUCUCAAAUAACAAGUUGAGUGGGGAAAUUUCAAGCUUAUUUCAAAAUUCUUCAUGGUGCAACAGACACGUGUUUCAGUAUUUGGAUUUAUCCCUUAACAAUUUUACAGGAACAUUACCUAAAAGCAUUGGAUUACUAUCUGAGUUGCUGAUGUUGUCCUUGGAUGGAAAUCAUUUGGAGGGUGAUGUCACUGAAUCCCAUCUUUCCAACUUUUCCAAAUUAGAGGAAUUAUCCUUAUCAAAUAACUAUCUGUCUCUAAAAUUAGUCCCUGAUUGGGUUCCUCCUUUCCAAUUAUUUUACUUGGGACUAAGAUCUUGCAAGUUGGGACCCACUUUUCCCAGUUGGCUGCAGACUCAACGCUCCUUAACUUACCUGAAUAUUUCUGAUACCAGGCUUAACGGUUCAGUACCAGAAUGGUUUUGGAACAACCUACAAAAUAUGGAAAUUUUGGAUAUGUCACACAACAAUCUAACAGGUCCAAUUUUCAAUUUGCAACCAAAGCUUCUUUUCGGUCCCCUUAUAUUUCUGAAUUCAAAUCAAUUUGAGGGUAUAGUUCCCUCAUUUUUGCUACAAGCUUCAUUCCUUCUGCUCAAUGAAAAUAAAUUUUCCUAUUUGCCUUCAUUAUGUGACCAAGGCACAGCUACAAUCUUGAUGAUUCUAGAUUUAUCAAACAAUGCAAUAGAGGGGCAACUUCCAGAUUGUUGGAAUUCUGUACACAAUUUACGGAUUCUAGAUUUAAGCCACAAUGAACUAUCAGGGAAGAUUCCCGAGUCCAUGGGCUCCCUUGUGCACUUGAGUGCAUUGGUUUUACGAAACAACAAUUUGAUGGUGAAUUUCCUUCUACUUUGA